AUGUUUCUAGAAAACUUAUGGGAAUGUGUAAUUGAGCAUCCGAUAGCUGUGAUAGUUACCGUAGCUAUCCUAUACCUCACUCAUAUCACUCUGAAACCCUUGAAUCGUAUCAGAAGGCUUGGAGAUGUUGGACUUUUUUUUGGAAAACCUGAGUUGACAGGAUUUUAUCGCGAAAGACAAUUGGAAAGAUUAAAAUUAUUGAGACGGACUGGAGAUUUACCACCAGUAUUUCCAAAUGGAUGGUAUUGUGUUUGUGAAUCAGAGAAGUUACAGAAAAAUCAAAUUAUGGAAAUCACAAUUCUAGGCCAGUUUCUUUCACUGAUAAGAUCAGAGUCCGGAACCGUGUAUAUCACAGACUCCUAUUGCCCUCAUAUCGGAGCGAACUUUAAUAUUGGAGGACGAGUAGUUCGAGACAACUGCAUUCAGUGUCCGUUUCAUGGAUGGAUUUUCAGUGCAGAAACUGGAAAAUGUGUGGAAGUUCCAUAUGACGAAGGAAGAAUACCUGAACAGGCAAAAGUGACAACAUGGCCAUGCAUCGAAAGAAACAACAAUAUAUACUUGUGGUACCAUUGUGAUGGUGUCGAACCGGAAUGGCAAAUACCAGAAAUUACGGAAAUAACCGAAGGAUUGUGGAAACUCGGAGGAAGGACGGAACAUGAAUUAAUGUGUCAUAUUCAAGAAGUUCCGGAAAACGGAGCAGACAUUGCUCAUUUGAAUUACCUUCAUAAGUCAGCACCUGAAAUAACAAAUGGAUCAGAUAUUAUAAAAACCGAUCUAUCAGAUCCGCAGCCAGCAGUUCAACACGUUUGGGACGGGAAAUGGGAAGUGAAAUCAGAGGAAGAUAAACAUUGUGGAGUGAUGCAUUUAAAUCAAUUCAUGACAAUUUGGGGAUACAAAGUGCCGUUGACAAGUAGCAAAUUGGUUGCGGAACAGGUGGGACAUGGUCCUGGAAUCGUUCACAUGCUAUUCGACUUUGGAAUCUGGGGAAAGGGAGUUGUAUUUCAAACGGUGACUCCAGAAGAACCGCUGCUACAAAGAGUCAGAUUCAGAAUAUUCUCGAAUAUUCCUUGGUUUUUUGUCAAGUUUUUUAUGACUGUUGAAGCCAUGCAGUUCGAGAGAGAUGUCUUUAUUUGGUCAAAUAAGAAAUAUAUCAAGUCUCCGCUUCUGGUCAAAAACGAUGGUCCAAUUCAGAAGCACAGAAGAUGGUUUUCUCAAUUCUAUACGGAAAACAGUCCUCGAAUGAUGAAAGACGGAAGUUUGUCCAAUCAAGCAAAAUCGACUUUCGACUGGUAG